AUGGCAGUAGAACAGCGCAGGAGAGACCUCGCACGGAUGGAAAGGUCGAUGGAUAUCUCCCGCUACAGCCCUAUUUUGGAGGGGCUGAUUAACAAGCACAGCUUCGAGCCCAGCCAUCUUAGGCCAGGCACGAAAGAUCCCAACCUGCGCAUCGAGCACAUGGGCGGAAGAGCGGAAACCUUUGAUAAGCUGCAUCUGGUCCUCCUGCCCACAAUCAAAGGCCAGCUCAGCUCGCUUCUCAACUCACUCGACUCAAUCGAUCCCCGCAAGUGCCCAGAAGCAAGAGUUGAUUCAACUGCGGGAAUCGUAUCCAAUCUGGACGUGAUCUUGGAGAGUACUGUAUCUUCUAUCGUCUCGCUCACGUUCGACUCACCUCUACCGGACGAAAACCAUGACCAUGGCUUGGAGAAAUUGAAGGCCUUUCGGUGCUCUCGUCUGCAGACGAAUGUCAAGCGUUUGGUAAGAGAUGCUAUCUAUCGCAGUUUAUUCCAGGACCUUUGCAGCUUCAUCGGAUGCUGCUCGAUGGCCCAUUUUAUGAACGAGGAUCACUGGGUUUGGGAGGAGAUGUGCGAUUUGAAAGGACGGAUGGAGAAGAGGAUAGCUUGGUCGGACGAUCUAAUCGACAGGACGAUUGAUUGGUGCCGGAAAUCGGACUGGGCUAUGGUCCACGAAGGCUGGCUGGAGGCGUCGGAUUCAGUUGAUGAGAUCCUAGGGUCGAUGUUGACUUGCCGAAGCGACUUUGUGACAGUGACAUCAGAUGCUCAUCGGAUCGACGAUAAUGCGACCCUGGACGAGAGAAACGCGCAUCUAGAAUCGAUAACUGAAGUCUCCAAGUCGGCCAUACCGCUCGCCAAGCUCGCAAGAAUCUUGGUCAGGAAAACCUUGGAGGCGAUCUCGAGGAAACAGCGGUCGGCACUGGGCGGGACAGAACUCAACUCGGAGAGCAUGAAGCAGUUGUAUGAAGCGCCGACAGUGAUGCUCAGGACUCUACAGUACCUCUCCAACCUCUCAUACCAGUUUGGUUACCCACCUGGACUGUUCCCUGAUGAACUUGACCGGAAUACAGUCAUCCGAAAAUUUGUCGAAGACCUCCCAGUCGACAUGGAAUCUGCUAUAAUCGCUCUGGAUGCUUGUCUGAUCCCCUUUCUGCCGCCAAUUGAAGAAGAAGAACCACCCGGAGGUCACUUGAAGAGCUUCUUGCCAACCUUCAAGCACUCCUGGGACGUGGCUAGUGGUCAUCUGAUGGAUGCUGUCUUGACCUUCGAAGUUGAACGCAUAGCCAUCUGA